AUGGCAAGAUCAUCAAACAAUUUCAAAACAAAUUCCUAUGACAAUGACAAUUUUGAUGUGAAUCAAUGUGGAAAUUUUCAUUUGUCUGCUACGGCAAUAUUUAAUGAUCUUGAUGCAUGUGAUAAUAAUCAUAUUAAUAAUGACGAUGAUGAAGAUGCCAAUCAUCUAGUAAAACAAGAUUAUGACUUAGAUAAUAUUUAUGCUAGAGAACGAGCCGUCGACGACAAUGAAUUAGAUACGGAUAGUGAUGACGAAGAUCAUAACAAGAUGGAAAUAGAAGAUGUCAUAUCCACAGAUAUAUUGAGAAAGUCUCCAACUGGCAACAAAAUCAAACCGAUCGAAGAACAUGUUCUAUCACAGAAAUUGAGUCAACUGUCAACUUCCCGGCAAAAAGAAUCAAAAAUAGAGUCGGAAAAGAAGCUACCAAAAAAGAUUAAAUCAGAUCAACUAAGAGAAACGCUGAAGUAUCUUACUAAAAGUAAUAAAUCAUUUGAAAAAAUGAUUAAUUCAAUUUUAUCUAACAAAAUAACAACAGCGGUAGCAUCAUCAUCCGACAACUUAGAAAAAUAUCGACAAAUAGCUAUUUCGAUUCAUCGAAUCAAAUAUAUAGAGAUUUUAUAUUCUCUUUGGAAAGUCUAUUUACAAUCGGGCUUGGGUCAAUUAAAGUGUGAUAAUUUUCCAAAUGAAUCAGGUCCACAUGUAUGGGUAAAGCCUGUUCAGUCCAUGGUCAAAGUGGCUGUUCGUUCAGGUCUCGAAAAGAAUGAUGCAUGUUUAGCCUAUGUGAAGAAUCGUCUUGCUCAAUUAGAUAAAUCUAAACAAGAAUAUCAUACUGAUCUACAAGUUCAAUUAAAUCAUUUAUCUCAUCAAGCAAACAUAAUUCAACAACCAUUAGAGAAAUUCAUCGAAGAAAAUCUUCUUAGUCUACGGAAGAAAAUUCAACAUAAAAUACAAUUGGUUUACUUUGAAUAUAAGGAAGAAAUCAUAAAACACGAAUAUCUUAAACAGAAUCCAAAUGAAGCUCAAAUAAAAUUAGCUGAAGAACUCUGUACUGCUAAACAACAAGAAGAACUGAGCAAAUAUACAUCCGAACUUCUCGAUAAACAACUUAUUCGUUACAAUGCAUCAUAUAAUUUUGAACAUUUACCAAUCGCUCGUUUUCCUUUAUUUGAUUCGAUUGGUAAUGCCGAUAUUCAACAACAAUUCUAUGCUCAAUAUAGACAAAUAAUUGAACAAACAAAAACAGAUAUGCUCACUCUCUAUACUCAGUCAGCUAUAAGUCAACAGAUGCGUUAUCAAAAUGGAUAUAAUGAUAGAAUGAAAAAAAUUACAGAAGACCAACAAUUACUGCCAGAUGAACAAAAAUUAACUACGAAAAUGAUUGAAAUAAUCGUGCAACGUGCCCAUCUUAUUGAAGAACGACUCAAAUGUGUUCAUGAUUUUAAACUUGAACAAUUUUCUUGUCAAUCAUAA